CAAUAGGGUAAACCGGGACAAUGAAGAUGACGAUGUCCAUCACAGAGUCACAAUCAUGCCCCAGUAGAAGGCGAGCAAAAAGUCAGACGAUUUAUAUACCUGCCUAGUUAGUUAUGACACCGGCGCAACCCGACCGGGAUUUGCAUUUCGGGGGAGUUGGUCACAGUACCCCUUUUAUCUUUGGUGCGACUUACCUAUAGAUAGGUAGAUCCCGUGGCCUCUUCUCAAACCCGCAAACCUCUCCUCAUCACCGUUUCACCACGCCAGCGCUAUUAAACGCUCACUUACCUCCCAAUUCCUCGUUUUUCGCCUCCUUGGAGAUUUAGCCGUCAGCUGGUGCUACUGUCUGCGCCAAGAAUCAUGGCUCCGUCGUCGCACAUUGAUUUGUUUGCGCCCUGUGAACGGGAUAUCAUCCUCGAGGUGCGAAGUAGCAGGAUGGUGACGAUGCCGGGGCUGAAAAUCGAGAGCGGAAUCGACAAGAAACCCCGUUCCGGCCGCAUCCCUGUAUCUUUCAUCGGCCUCGACGCUGACGAGCAUGAUUUGGUUUUUCACGGCGGGAGGGAUAAGGCCAUUCACGGGUACUGCUGCUCUCACUAUUACGCCUGGCAGACGGAGUUUCCGGAAGCGGCGGCGCGCUUCCAGCGUGGCGGCUUUGGCGAGAACUUCGUGACGGAGUAUAUGAACGAGCGCAACAUAUGCAUAGGCGACGUCGUCUCAGUGGGGAGCGACGGCGUGCUACUUCAGGUCAGUCUGCCACGGCAGCCAUGCUUCAAAUUAAACCACCGCUUCCAGCUCAAGAACUUCGCGCCCAACACGUACCGCGCUAGUCGCACGGGUUGGUACUACCGUGUGCUGCGCGAGGGUACGGUGCAAGCCGGCGACGAGAUCCGGCUGGUUGAGCGCCGCUGGCCGAAGUGGACCAUAGAGCGUGUGCAGGAGUACCUGCACCGCAACCCCGAUGACGCCGCCGCUAACGAGGAGCUCGCCGCCAUCGCCGACAUGGGCGAUGAGAGCCGGAAGACGUUCGAGAAGCGCGUCGAGAAGUUGAAGGUCCGCCAGAGGCGCGCCACGAAGGGAAAGGGAGAGGGGGAGGACCUGGAGAGGUGGCGGGACUUCCGGAUUGUCGAGAAGAAAACGGAGACGCCGCGCGUUGCAUCUUUCAUUCUCGAGGCGGUGAGUCCGGGUGUUGAUCUGCCCGAGGCUGGUGCUAGGGUCGGGGCCGGAGAGCCGCUGCUCGGGUCGUACGCGCGCCUGCGGCUGCCAAACGGGCUCGUCCGGUCGUACUCGAUUAUAUCAGGCACGUGUGACCGGUUCGAGCUGGGCGUCGCGCUGGCGGAGCCGACCCGCGGGGGCUCGGCAUACCUGCACGGGGAGGCGCGGGUAGGCGACGUACUGGCAGUGGGGCGGAUCGCGUCGGACCUGCAACCAGCCGGUGCAGCAAGCUCGCAUGUCUUUGUGGCGGGCGGGAUAGGCAUCACGGCGUUCCUGGCGCUGCUCAAGCUGUACCGCAACGUCCACUGGGACACGACGCUACACCUCGCGGUGCGGUCCGUGGCGGAGGGGGAGGUGCCGUUCCGGGAGCUACUCGAGGAGCUGUCACGCGGCAGUGGCGUCAGCGGCAGCGGCGACGGCGGUAAUGGAGUCAAGCUGCACCUAUAUGACGGGUCACGGGGUGAGCGUGUCGACAUCCCGCGCAUCUUCGCGGAGAUGCCAUGGAACGCGCACGUAUACGUGUGCGGGCCGGACCACAUGAUGGCGGAGGCGAUGCGAGAGGCGAAAAGGCACGGGCUCGGCCCGGACGAAGUGCACUUCGAGGCGUUCUCGGCGCAGACGGGCGGUGACCCGUUCGAGGUCGAGGUGUACCACUCGGGCUCAAAAGCGAACCGGUCGAGUAGCGGAAGCGAGAAGUGCAGCAGCGGCGCAGAGAGCGGGAGCGAAGGGGGAGCAGGCCCAGUCCUGCUGAAAGUUGGCGCCGACGAGACGCUCUUGGAGGUGCUGCGGCGACGGUUUGGAGAGGUAGCGGCGCCGAGCAGCUGCGAGGCGGGCAACUGUGGGACAUGCCAGGUGACGUUGCGGCAGGGUCGCGUGGAACACCGCGGGACCGCGCUCGCGGACGAGGAGCAGCGUGGAGCGCUGCUGAGCUGCGUCAGUAGGGGGGUCGGGCGGAUCACAGUCGAAAUCUGAAUCUGUAUAUAGACAAAGUCGUCAAUAAACAGGAUAUUGAAGGCUAGCAUAGUAGAAAGUCUAGAACACAUAUACUCUAAAAGGCGUUUUGCAUAGCGUCCGCAACCUAGGUCGUACUU